AUGUCGUUCUCCAGCCUUCUAACUGCAGUAGCUUGCGUUUUACUAGUGGUGUUUUACAAACUAUAUGAAUCGGAAUCAAGGAAAUUACAAUCAGUGCAAUUGGAAUAUGACAAUUAUGUGAAAUCAUCAAAAUUAUCCCAAGAUGAGCAAAACCUGUUGCUCAAGGAAGAGGUGGAACUUUCAAAAAAAGAUGCAUUUGGAAAACAAGAAGAGAAUAGAAAACUCAUUGAACAGCUUGAGUCCCAACUCAAACAGUAUAAAUCAAAGAAGGAAAGAUUGACAGCAUUGGAGGACAAAUUGACCUCAGAAACAUUAAGUUUGACGAAGAAGAUGGCAUCCAAGGAAAAAGAAAUCGCGGAGUUGAAGCAUGAGUUGAAUGUAUCUCGACAGCAUGGUGAAAAGUUGGCCCGGGAUUACAAAUUUCAACUAAAUACCCAAAUUGAAAAAGUGUCCAUUGAAAAUGGUUUGAAAAUUGCGGAGUUGGAGGAAUUGGUUGCUGCCGCAAAACGAGAAACACUUUCACAGAGGGAGCUACUUAGAACAAUUGAGAGCGGCAAAGAAGAAGUAAUAGUUGAACUUCGCCAGUCUUAUAAUCAAUCACAAAAGAAAUUAAAAGAGUUGGAGCAUAGCAACGAUGAUCAAAUUGCGAAAAACAACCAGCUAAUUAAGAAGUACGAUCAACUGCAAAAGAGUUUGGAAGAAUUGAGACCCGCCUACAAGACCAUGCACGAAGACUACGUCAAAGUGUCUAGAGACCUUGAUGAUACAAGACAGCGAUUAAUUGAUCUCAAAGAAAGAGCAGAAUUGCUCGUACAUUCUGAAGAAAAUUUGGGCAAAGAACUUGAGAAAUCAAAAGAUGCAAACAAGGAACUAUCAACGGAGCUUGACCAUAAAAGCAAAGAGUUGCAAGUUUAUCAAGCAUUUUUUAAAAAAUGUGACAUUUUUAUUGAGGAUUUGAAACGCUUUGACGAUGGCUUUGACAAACUUGCCAAGCAACUAGAACAAGCAGGGACAACGUACGAGGCUGCCUCAUCGGGUGAAGAUUAUCACUCAGAUGAAGGUUAUUUAUCUGACACAAAGCUGGGAGAGGUUGAUCAACAUGAAUUCGCCAUUUUGACCAAAAAAGCAUCAAAGAAUACAUUCACUUUGAUUCAAAGAUAUAUUGAAGAGUUGAGAUCAAAAGUAGCCAGAGAAAAAUCUGUAUCAAGUAAAAACGUGACAGAGAACGCUGAUUUGAGAAAUAAGAUUGUAAGUUUGAAAGAAAAGUUGAGCAAGGCUGAGUCUAGAAAUGUUGUGGUGUUGAGUGCUAUCCUUGAAUUAAGAAAGCUUAUUGAGGAUGAACUUUCACACAGUCCAGUAGAUGAAAACAAAUUGAAAGAAGUCUUGCAUGCCGCAUAUCAAAAAAUCGAAGAGAGUUUGAAGACAAACAGUCCUUCGAAGAUUGCGCAGCAGAGUGAGAAUGAACAUAAAACUAAGGACAAGGACGUGGCCAAACAAGUGGUUGGGCAUUCCAGCGAUACUGUCCUGAAACCACAAAAUUCGGAAGGAAAUGCCGAUGCCAAAGACGAUGAAAAAGACGAUGAAAAAGACGGAAGAGACAACGAAAAUGUAUCAGCAUCGGCUGGCACUGAAACGAAAAACCAUGAAGACGGUAAAAAGGGGUCUUUGGUAGCUGAUAGCGAUCCAGUUCAAAACACUAAAGACAACGACAAAUUUGGAAAAUCACACGGUGAAUCUACUAGGGAGACUGUACAAGAAAAAGAAACGUUGUCUAACACGCAGCAUACUGAUGCGCCAACUGCAAAGAGCGCAGCUCCAACCAGCAACGUGAAGCAACCCCUUGCAUCAAUGUGGACAUCUAAAGAUGCAUCUAAUGCAAACAGUGAUGUUGAUUCCGACUUUGCACCGCCAACCCCAAUCUUUAAGACUUUCAAAAACAUUUCAUCCACGUCUUCAUUUGCUCCUACUUUGAAUGUUAAGGAGAAUGUUGACUCUGAUACCAAGCGUGGAACAUCUGAUCAGAUAAAAAAGAGUAAUGAGACAAAGACGAAAGAGCUAGAUGGGGCAGACAAGAGGGAAACUAAUGAAGCUGACCAUUACCGUCUGGCUGAAGAUGGCUCUGAAAACUCCCAUAAAAACAAGAGUGCUGUUGAAGAAAAGGAGCCAAAUCCUCAUUCAGAAGCUAGUGUGUCAAAUCAAGGUGCUGAAACUGAAGAUAGUAAAUCAACGUUGGAGAAAAUUGAUAAGAAACUUCAUGACGAUGUGAUUGCUGAAGAAAAGACUACGCAAGAUGAAAAAUCAUUAGCAGAGGAAGAGGCGCAGGACGAUAAAGAAAUUUUGAAUCGAUACGAUCUUCGUGUUGCUGAGAAUGAAGGAGAUGAAGAGAAGAAGCCUGAUCCAUCAGUUGAUCCUCUCUCAGAAGAGCCCGAAAGGCAUGUAGAUGAAAGUCAUAUGGAGACAAAAGAGUCUCAUAAUGUCGCUCAACCAUCGAGUCAAAGUCAAUUAAAGUUUGAUGCAUUCAAAAGGGACAUCGAAAAUGCCAAGAAUGGUGGUGCUAGUGCUAGUGGAGACACUAUAAACACGGAAAACACUAAGGGUGCUAAGGAUAAUAAGCGCUCAACUGAAUCUGAUUAUAGGAGUGUUUCUGAGGGAAAGUUCAAGGCAUUUGCAAGUGAUAUACAAGAUGCUAAAAAUUCGAAAGAUUCGAAUUUGAUAGCAAAAUCGCAGGAAGGACCGGAUAGAGAAGAAGAGCCUGUAAAUGGGCGGGAUAAUUUAAGAUUAAAAUCACAUUCAAAGGAUAAUGAUCACGAUGAAGAAGAGAAAGGUGAUGUGAAAAAUGAACACUCGGGAAGCAAGGGGGUAGAAAAGCAAAAUGAACCGGAAGAACAAGUUGCCAUGAGUAAAGCUAAGAAAGAUGAAGAGUGCAAGCAAUCAUAUGAAAAGGAUAAAUCUGAGGAGGCUCUGAGAAAGAAUGAAGAGGUCAAAGGCGUUGAACCGCGCAUUGACGACGCUACGGAAGCCGGGGAAAAAGCGGUUGAAGUUAGGGAAUCUAGCAUUGAACAUGAUGAUGUCAACAAAAAUGAUCCCACUGAAUAUGAUAAAAUGUCGCAUAAGCAUGGGAAAUCGGGGCUUGAACCUGUCAGUGAUCUAAAGCUGACAAAAACCUCGAAGUCAGACACUAAGGAAGAUUCAUUGGCAGCAAACAGCUUGAAUCAUACUGAGAAUGGACCUAGUGUUAGUGACGAUGGAGACAAGAUUGAUGAAUUGGAGGCAUCCUCGAAGGCUUCAAACAAUAACGAAAGUGUUGUGGACACCAAAUCAAAUGAAACGACAGUUACAUCUGCGUCGAAAUCUGUUGAAGAUGCAGGGUCAUCAACAUUAAAAUCAGACAAAGUUUCACAAAAUGGUGCUGGCGCACAAGCAACAACUGUUGAUGUUGAUACUGAAUCCAUUGGCACUGAAACUGCAGAGAAGAUUGUACAAUCGCGAAAGCAUGCGGAACAAGUGGCGGAAGAAGGCAAAGAUGAUACUGAGCAAGAACUGAAACCAGAAAAUCAAGGUGAGGAGAAGGGUGGUGAUAAAGAAGCCAACUCUACAAAUGUUGACAAAGCAGAACUGGCGCAGCAUGUUGCUGAGUUGGAUAAUAAGGGAAGCAAUAGACGGGACACUAAUGAGACAAUGCCACCUUCACGAGAAGAUGACUAUGAAGAAGAGGGAAAGGACGAUGAAGCGACAGCUCAAAGUAGAAGUUCAAUCGAGAGUGAAGGUACGACUGACGUUAAUGAUACUUUAAGUUUGGGGAAAGAAGCAAGUAACGAUUACAAGAGUAAUGCUGGAGAUGAUAAUAUCCACGACAGAUCAACACCAACUCCCAAUGUCAAUGAAGGUCCAACAAAAACAAUAUCCAAUCUCAAAUCAAAUUCGAAUUCACCAACAAAAAAACUGGAACUGAGAAAAACUAAGAAGAAAAAAUCCAAAACUGGUUUCUAG